AUGAAUUGUGUUCACAAAUUUAGCAGGCCGAUUGUUACUUCAUUUGGAAUACAGAUUAAGAAAAUGUUUUCAAACAUCGCCAAACCGCUGGGAGGAAAAGUAGCUAUCAUCACUGCAUCUACUGAUGGGAUUGGUUUUGCUGCUGCUAAGCAAUUGGUCAGCGAUGGAGCGUCUAUCAUGAUUUCCAGCCGUAAGAAAAACAAUGUAGAAAUUGCAUUGGAACAACUUCAAAAAGAAUAUGGUAUCAACAAAGUUAAAGGACUUGUAUGUCAUGUAUCAAAAAAAGAAGAUAGAAAUAAUUUAAUUCAAGAAACUAUUAAAAUCUUCGGUGGAAUUGAUAUUCUUGUAUCAAAUGCUGCUACAAAUCCUACAUCAGGUUCAGUAUUAGAUUGUGAUGAAGAAAUUUGGGAUAAAAUAUUUGAUGUUAAUGUCAAAAGUGCAUUUAUGUUAACAAAAGAAGUAGCACCACAUCUGAUUUCUAGAGGUGGAGGCUCAAUUGUGUAUGUCUCUUCAAUAGCUGGUGUUAAUCCAAUGCCGAUGUUGGGAGCAUAUUCUGUUAGUAAAACGGCACUUCUUGGUUUGACAAAAGUAGUGGCUAUGGAUUUGGCAGAGAAUAACAUAAGAGUCAAUUGUGUAGCUCCUGGUAUUGUUAAAACAAAAUUUGCAUCAUCGCUUACAGAAAAUGAAUCGCUCAGUGAACAUUUAUUACAAGGAAUACCUAUUAGAAGGUUUGGUCGUCCUGAGGAAAUUGGUUCUAUUAUAUCAUUUCUUUGUUCACCCUCUUCUUCCUUUAUAACUGGUGAAGUAAUUGUAGCAUCGGGUGGAAUGACGUCCAGACUUUAA